CAAGACCGCACUAAGAUAUCAUCAUCUCCAGGUCAUACUGAGAAGCUGAUUGUCUUCACUGACACCAGUGCUGAUGUUAGCAUUGCCAGUUCAGCUGCAGUAUGUCAGAGAAGCGAGAAAAGGACUCUCCGUCUGAGACGAGUCUCUCAGAGAAACAGAGUGUAAGAUCAGGCUCAGAUGUGUCCAGCUCUGUGUCUGUGAAGAGUGACUGGUCAAAAGAUGAACCACCGGAAUUCAGUGAGGCAACAUCUACUAAAAGUGUAAGAUCAGGCUCAGAUGUGUCCAGCUCUGUGUCUGUGAAGAGUGACCAUUCAAGAAAUAAACCACCGGAAUUCAGUGAGGCAACAUCUACUAAAAGUGAAAGAUCAGGUUCACAUUUUUCCAGCUCUGUGUCUGUGAAGAGUGACCGGUCACUUGAUUAUCCACCAAACUUAAGUGAGGAAACAUCAUCAUCUACCAAAAGUGUAAGAUCAGGCUCAGAUGUGUCCAGCUCUGUGUCUGUGAAGAGUGACUGGUCAAAAGAUGAACCACCGGAAUUCAGUGAGGCAACAUCUACUAAAAGUGUAAGAUCAGGCUCAGAUGUGUCCAGCUCUGUGUCUGUGAAGAGUGACCAUUCAAGAAAUAAACCACCGGAAUUCAGUGAGGCAACAUCUACUAAAAGUGAAAGAUCAGGUUCACAUUUUUCCAGCUCUGUGUCUGUGAAGAGUGACCGGUCACUUGAUUAUCCACCAAACUUAAGUGAGGAAACAUCAUCAUCUACCAAAAGGGUUCAAUACGAGACAUUAGAUUCAGACUUUCAGACUCACAGGAACCAAAAGAAUUUCAAAGACAAUCUCAUGUGGAUCUUCAAG